AUGGCACCGACUUCGCCUUCAACUCACCGACCGCGAAAGAAACGCCGAGCACUAUCAGGUGCUGGGCUGAACACCGACCUGGUAAUAUCCAGAGAUCAUGAUGUCUACACUCCUGCUUUUCCAUUAGUCUCCUUCUUCUGGCCUGCGCGGUCUGGCGUAUCUCAAUGGCUCAUCCUACCCGUCGUGUUGAUGAUUGUUGGCCUUUUCCGGUGGGGAACUUCACUGUGGGGUCACUCAGGUUAUGGAGUACCCCCAAUGCAUGGUGACUUUGAAGCUCAGAGACACUGGAUGGAGCUGACAAUACACUUGCCAACCUCCUGGUGGUAUUUCUACGACUUGCAGUACUGGGGCUUGGAUUACCCUCCAUUGACGGCCUAUCAUAGUUGGCUCCUGGGGAAAAUAGGCCAAUUAAUAAACCCGGCGUGGUUUACAUUAGACAAAUCUAGAGGCCUAGAAGAGCCAUUAUUAAGGGUCUAUAUGCGUGCAACUGUCGUUGUUUCCGAGUAUUUAAUUUAUAUUCCAGCUGUUGUCAUCUUCCUCCGGAGGUAUGCUCGUGAGCAAGGCGUUGGACCAUGGCCGGGCUCUAUUGCUCUUUGCGCAGUUCUUAUGCAGCCAUCUACCAUCCUAAUUGACCAUGGACAUUUCCAAUACAACACUGUGAUGCUCGGCUUUAUUGUCGCCUCCCUCGAAUGCAUGUACGCUGAUAGGCCGCUCUGGGCCAGCUUAUUCUUUGUUGGCGCCCUGGGAUACAAGCAAAUGUCGCUCUACUUUGCUCCGGUUGUCUUUGCUUAUCUAUUAGGAAUUUGCUUUUCUCCUCGUGUUCGGCCCAACAGGUUGAUCAGCAUUGCCUUGAUCACCAUCGUUGCGUUCGCCAUCCUAUUCACGCCACUUUUUGCCGGCACUCUCUCGGAUUGGUAUGGCGACAUACAUGGCCCUACUGACCAGCCUCCAUUGAUGAAAUCCCUCCCCAUACAUAUCAACAAGGCAUCCUGGCUUCACCAGGUGGUUCUACAGCUUACUCAGUGUAUCCACCGCAUAUUCCCAUUUGCACGAGGUUUAUUUGAAGAUAAGGUCGCCAACGUCUGGUGUGCCAUCCACACUUUCUACAAACUCAAUAAAUUUGAUCCCAGCAUUCUCAAGCUAGCAGCACUGGGUGCUACACUCAUUACUAUUAUACCAUCUUGCUUGAUAAUUGGACGUUACCCUCGAACACACCUUCUACCCUAUGCACUAGCAAGCACGGCCUGGGGUUUCUUUCUCUGCUCGUUCCAGGUCCAUGAGAAGAGCGUAUUGCUGCCACUUUUGCCAAUGACGUUACUUCUGGGGAGUGCUGGUGGACUCAGCAAAGAAAUACGAGCAUGGGUUGGCUUGGCUAAUAUGCUCGGUGUGUGGACGAUGUUCCCACUCCUAAAGCGCGACGAACUAAGAAUUCCUUACACAAUCCUUACAUUGUUAUGGGCAUAUAUGCUCGGGCUACCUCCCACUUCUGUCGAUCUCUAUAGAAAUUUUGGUGGAACAGAACAAUUCGUCGAGUUAUUCUCCAUAACAAAAUUCAUCCAUCUAUCCUAUUAUGCAGCUAUGUUAGUAUGGCAUAUCCUUGAGUUUACCGUCAACCCGCCUCCUACGAAACCGGACUUGUGGGUGGUCCUUAACGCACUAAUCGGUGCAUCCGGAUUUGGGAUCAUCUUCCUAUGGUGCAACUGGAAACUAAUACAGACAGCUAUCCUUGAGCCGUAUCAGCCCUCUUCGAAUAUAAAACGCAAGCGUGCAGUGUCUGAGAAAGUACCUCUUGACGAUUCCAAAGAACAGAAGGUGUCUAGUAAGGGCUCAGAAGAUAGCAAAGGUCACACCAAAGUACAAGGCCUUAGCGGCUAG